AUGUCGUUGCCGCCUCUUGCAUCUCCGGGCUCCAGCAGCGGCGGCGGCGGAUCGGCGAUCAGCCCUACUGCUGCGGCUGCGGGCCAGGGCAGCCAGACACCUGAUGAGCACGCGUCGGUCUACUCCCGCUACCCUGGCUUGUCUGGCAACUUACUCCAGGAGAAGGUGUUCGACGAUUGGGCAGUGCCAUUGAAAAACACCACGCUCCACUUCUAUGACAACCCCGGCGAUGUCAAGAAACGGCAGCCUCUCUUGAGCAGGCACCCCAUGAACGCCCGCGCCCACGAUGCUGUAAAGGAGAAGUACGUUCAAAGUAUUUUGACGCAGGGGAACAUCUCGGGCGUGCGAGGGUCCCCAUGGGCCGUCAUGGGGGAGAACGGUGGGUACCUCCUCCUCAGCUACGCGACGCUGACGGAGGCUCUGUACGACGCCGCGGCACGUCAACCCGCCAAUCGGCACGUGCUCGAGACCGUCAAGCGCGGUCUGCGCGCGGCCACUGUGUUCUACCCGAGCACUCCGCCAGACGUGCUUCGUUAUCUCAAGGAGCUGCACAAUGAAUUUCACGAGGGAGCCGCUCGCUCGUUCAUCGAGCUCUACGACGCCAUCCCCGAGAUCGAGGCGGGGUGGAAGGACCGCACGAAGGCGGAGGGCUUCACGGCGCGUUCAUGCCCUGGGCAGGGAGAGAACACAUAUGAGAAGCGGUGCGGCAGGUUCGUGCAGAGUAUGUAUCCCAAUUUCUUCCGCACUUACCAGCAGUUUGUGGCCGCGAAGUCCACGUAUCACACUUUGGUCAAGAUGAACAUCUGGUUCGAGUACAAGACUCUCAUGACCAAGUACUGCGACUUCCUCUCCCCAGCGCUGAAUAACGACGUGGUUCUCGCUAACAAUAAGGAGAUAGUAAUGUUGAUGCUCACGCACUUCAACAACACCCUCAACAAAAAGACGUUCGACCUCUGCUUGCUCGAGCUGCUGGAAAUGAAUGUGCCGCUCUUGGGCGGCUCCGACAUGGGCGAGACCGAGCGCGUCUUCACCGCCAGCCCCUGCAAGAACCUGAGGAACAUGCUUUGCCCCAUGGAUAGCAACGUCAUGUACCUCAGGAGCGCCGCCAAGACCGCGGCCGCCGCCAUGAAGAGGGCCGUCGAGACCAGCGGCGACGAUGUGAGCAAGCGCGCCAAGAAAGAGGAGGAUGGCAAGAAGGAGAAGAAGGGCAAGGGGAAGGGGAAGAAGGCCAAGAAGGAGGAGGAGGUGCUGAGUGCAGCAGCGAGCGAGGCCGUGGACGGCGACCGUUGCAUGCAGGAGGAUGCCUUUAAGACACUUGCCGAAGAGGUGGGCGCUGAGGAGUUGACCAACGUGCUCCCUGCCUUGCCGGGGGGCGAAUGCGAUGCGGCCGCAGAGCAGCCGACUGAUGGGCAGGGUAGGGUUAAGUACUUCUUGGACGACGUGGCGUCGGCAGUCGAGACGGCCGUUCAUGGCCUGCCCGAGGUCAACAUCAGGGCCAUUCCCGUGACCGACGGACUGCACAAGGGCAUCAAGUUCGGGAUCAGGGCCAAGAUCUCGAGGGCGCACCCGACCGAGGCUGGCAAGCUGGUGACGUUAACUGCGUGGUCUGCGGCGCGUGCUGCCAUCAAAAAGGACGUGAUCGACGCGCACGCCACCAUUCUGCGUGAUCGGACUUCAUCCGACCUCGUGCCUGAGGUCAAGCAGGCCUUGGGCACCGUGGCCGACUCCCGCCCGGAGUGGUUGAAGACGCUGUCGUCGGUGGACGCGGGGGCGAAGGAGAGCUUGGGCAUGUAUUUGAAAGGUCACACAAUCGGCAUGCCUCUCUUCGCCCAGGCUUUCUUCGGGGCGAUGGUCCAGCACUUGUUCAAGGAGCUGGAGAAGCACCGUGGGGGGGGGGGCAUCAAGGAGAUGAUGGAGGUCGUGGCCACUGCCUUCAACGACGGGGUGGACGACGUCGAAGGCGGCCUGAGGUCCAAGCUCUCCGCCAGCCUGUUCGUGUUGGCGAAUUCGGAUGACGAGAUUCCAGGGGUGCUGAAACCUGUUUUCGCUGACAACGAGACGAUGAAAGGCUUUCUCACCUUUCGCACCACCGUGCUUAUCCAUGCAGGCGGGGCCCUGUUCGCAGGGUUUGGAAGGCUCACAGCUGUCGACUACGCCCCUGCGAUCUCGAAGAUGAUGGAGGUCACCACUGAGAUCUCAGCCCUGGACUCGAACGUGGAGUCCAAGCACGAAUGGGUCGCACUGUGGUGCAACAUCUUCCAGGCUGCCAUCUCGGGCAACGUCGCUGAGUAUUUGCGGAGCACCCUGCAGGAUAAGCAGCAGAAGGCGGCGGCGGCGGCCGCUCAGGCUCAGGCCCAGCAGCAGGGCCAGCUCGUGGUGGCUCAGGGAUCGGAAGGGGCCCUCCAUCUCGGUCUCAGCCAGGGUCAGAAUGCUACUGCUGAUAUUGUGGACGCCAGCGCAGUCACCUCCUACACGGCCUUCUACAAUGGCGCCAAGGGCGUCAGCGAUGCGCUCGGCACUGCCGCCGAGCGCGACCUCACCAACGAUGUCUCCAUCCUGACGGCGCAGGAGAUGGCUCUCUUCUGCGAGUUCCUCCAGUAUAAGAUGAUGGAGGCAGCGCUCCAGGGCGGGCUCUACGCAGACUGCGGCUUGGACAACAUCACUAUGGACCCGUGGGUUCCCGCGAAGGACGUCGAGCUGACGAUGGCGAAAGAUUCGCAGUUUCUCCUCCUCAAUUUCGUCGGCACCAUCACCGUGCUGCCGAAGAAGGGCUCCUUCUGGGUCUGCGAGGCUUUCGGUCACGAUUUUUACGUGUGCAGCCCAGUCAAGAAGGAUGGCGCCAACAUCGACCGCUUCAUUUUCCCGUCGUGGUACGUUGCCACCGUGGACCCUGAGGAUGGCGACGCCCCGGCCACGACGGAUGUGAAGACGCGCGAGGUCACGCUUACGUACACGCCCCCUCCUGUGACUGGGGCGCAGCGGGAGGAACCGUUCGAUGUCAAGAUGACGAUGACGUACCUGCAGCUCACCGAGGCUGCCAAGACGGCCCUGACUGAGGGGGGCGUGCCUCUGACGCGGUUCGACGAUCUCUCCGACUCCUCUCGCUACGCCGAGAAGUACCAGGUAGAGUACUCGAAAGCUCGCAAGGAGGCUGCGCCCAAGAAGAGGGCGGAUUCGAAAAACAUGCUGAACCGUAAGGAGUGGAAAAAAUCCGCCGCUCAAAUUUUCAAGUAG